UAGAACUGGCAUAUAGAACAUUCGGACCAGCUCAGUUCACAGUCGUUGCUUUCAGCGUUCAGUUAUCAGGUUCCACACACAAAAUGCUUCUACGGAUGACCCAGUUUCUCUGCCUUGGGGCACUCGUGUGGCUAAGUCUUGUGCAACUUACGCAGGCGGUGGCCGCUCCCAAUAAUAAUAACAAUAACAAUAAUAUGAAGCCGAAGGCUGUAGUUCAGGUGCAGCCUGGAAAUCCAUCGGGAAAUAAGCCUGCAGUUGCCACAACUACAGUCAAGCCUCAGAGACUGGUACCAGAUCCCAAGUGCCUGCAGCCCCUGGAAGUUGGUCCAUGUCGCAUGAGUCUGGAAAGGUUCUACUACAACAAGGAUAAAAAAUCCUGCGAGACUUUCAAGUACGGAGGAUGUCGAGGCAAUGACAAUCGUUGGGGAUUCCGACAAACUUGCGAGGAAGCUUGUAUUCCCAAAAAGUGAUCAACUGACGGCGGUCGCAAAAUCUGAGAUUGUUUUUUAAUUUUAAAUGCGAGAUGAAAUUAUUACUUGUUAUAUUUCAAAAUAAUUAUUUUAAAUGGGUUUUUGGCAGUGCGAAAUGUAAGCUUUUUAUAACAAACUACUUGUUAUAUUUCAAAAUAAUUAUUUUAAAAGGGUUUUUGCCAGUGCGAAAUGUAAGCUUUUUAUAAUAAACUAAUUACAAGUUAGCAGUA